AUGGCGGAAUUAAUGGUGGGAGGAACUCUUCUUUCGGGUUUGAUGAAUGUUCUCUUUGAUAGGCUUGCUUCUAAAGAUGUCCUUGAAUUCUUUCGAGGAAAUAAGGAAGCAAAUCUCAAGAAGUUGAAGACUAUGUUCUGGUCUACUGAUGUUCUACUCAAUGAUGCCGAGCAGAAACAACUUGGAGAUGACAAUGUGAAGAAGUGGCUAGAAGAUCUUAAAGAAGUAGUUUAUGAAGCUGAUCAUGUGAUGGACAAGAUCAACACUGAAACCUUGCGAAUCAAGAUGGAGAAAGGUGAACUCGAAAGCACAACAAGUAAGUCGUUGAGCUUUUUCAAAAAGUUUUAUAAUCCAUUUAAAAAAGCUUUGACAUGUGAAGUAGAGAAGAUUCUUGAUACAUUAGAUGAUCUUUUGGCUCAGACAAAAUACCUAGAUUUGAAAAAAGUAGAUAUGAAAACAACUUUACAACAUAGACCACAUGCUCCUUUGCUAGAGGAUUCUAAGGUCUAUGGAAAGGAGAGUGAAAGAAAGGCUAUUAUUAAGCUAGUCUUGUCUCAUGAUGUUGGUGACCAUAAGAUCUCUGUUAUUUCUAUAGUAGGGAUGGGUGGUAUAGGCAAAACUACGCUUGUCCAAAGCGUGUAUGCAGAUACCAGUGUCAAACAACACUUUGACUUGAAAGCAUGGGUAACUAUCUCCGUCGAUUUUGAUGUUUUAAAAAUAAGUAAACUUAUUUUGGAGGCAAUCACUAAACAAAGAUGCGAUGCAGAGGAGGUACAUCAACUUCAAAAUGAAUUGAAAAGUGCAUUGAUUGGGAAAAAGUUUCUUUUUGUUCUUGAUGAUGUAUGGAAUGAGAAUUAUUUGUUGUGGGACUCUUUGAAAAGUUGUUUUCAAUUUGGCGAGCAAGGUAGUAAAAUUAUUGUGACCACGCGGAGCAAGGAUAUUGCAUUGAUGAUGAAGACAAAUGUUCAACCUUACGGUCUUCAAGUAAUGUCUGACGAUAAUUGUUGGAAGUUGUUUGUACAUCUAGAAUUGGAGGAAAUUGGAAAGCAAAUUGUUGAAAAGUGCAAGGGUCUUCCUUUAGCUGUAAAAUCGAUGGCUGGACUUUUACGAUCUACGUCAAAUCAUGAAGAAUGGAGGCAUGUAUUGCAAAGUGAUAUCUGGGAGUUGCCAAAUCGCCUUAACAUCGGAAUUGUUCCGGCUUUAUGGUUGAGCUACCACUUCUUACCUCCUUAUUUGAAACCAUGUUUUUCUCAUCUUUCGAUCUUUCCCAAAGAUUAUGAAUUUCGAAAAGAUGACAAAGAUAAAAUAAUCUUAAUUUGGAUGGCAGAAGGUCUUUUGCAACCUCAGAAAGGGAAAAGAAUUGAAGAUGUUGGGGAAGAGUAUUGGAAUGCUUUAAUAUCAAGAUCGUUUUUUCAAGGAAACAAUACAUGGAAUCUUAAUAUUUCUAUGCAUGAUCUUAUGCAUGAUUUAGCUAUGCAUAUAUCAGGUCAAAGUUGCUUUAUUUAUGAUAGUUGUAACGACUCUCGCAAGUUAAUAACCAGUAGCAAGAUUCGCCAUCUAUCAUACAUGAAGGACUUGAAAGAUACAAUAGAAUUUGACAACUUCUCUAGAGUGAAGCAUUUGCGUACCCUGUUGGCUUUGCCAUUACGACAUAUAUGGAGAUCACUUAAGACCCAAUUUAAGCUUGAAAUGGUGCUAAAGGAUGGAGGAUGCUUAAGAACUCUUUCUUUGUCACAAUCGCAUAUCACAAACUUGCCUGAUUCAAUUGACAAUUUAAAACAACUCAGGUAUUUGGAUGUCUCCGGCACAAAAAUCAAAGAGUUACCUCUUUCAAUUUGUGAGUUGUACAAUUUGGAAACACUCUUAUUGAUGUAUUGUAAUGAACUCACACAAUUGCCAACCAACAUUUCCAACUUAAUCAACUUGCGUCAUCUUGUAACAAGUUGGAGUCGUUUAAAAGAGAUGCCACCAAAUAUUUGUAAUAUGACAAAUCUUCAGAGGUUAAGUGAUUUUGUUUUGUGUAGAAGUGAUGGAUCGAGGAUCAAAGAGUUGGGCAAGUUGGAGAAUCUGCAUGGAAGCUUACAUGUUUCAGGCCUUAGCUAUGUUAAUGAUGUGAGUGACGUUUUGGAAGGCGAAUUGAAGAACAAAAAGUAUCUUGACGAGCUCAUUCUUUCAUGGAAUGGCACGAAAGAUAGCUCAACAAAGGAAAGAGAAGUACUUAAUGCACUCCAACCACAUGUAAAUUUAAAGAAACUCGAGAUUAUUGGUUAUAACGGUACAAGUUUGCCAGAUUGGGUAACGCAUCCAUCAUAUCGUAACUUGGAAGAGGUUGAUCUACACUGUGAAAAUUGUUGCUUGCCGCUAUUAUCAUUUCAACAACUAAGUUCACUGAGAUAUUUUCGUGUUACCUGCAUUGAUAUGCAUGAUGAAUUUCGUAGUAUUUCCUUGAAUAAGCCCUUUCCAUUCUUAGCAAGAUUAGAACUUGUUAGAAUAGAUAUGUUGGAUUGGUCGUUUAUUAAUAAGAGUGACCAAACAAGUGAGAUUUUUCAUUGUUUAAAGCAAUUUGAUUUAAAAAGAUGCGGGAAAUUAAAUGUGGCAUUACCUGGCUGUAAUUUUCCAUCAUUAGAAGUCAUCAACGUUGUACAUUGUGAUGAAAUGGUAACUAUAUUUCCAACAAGUACUCACAUUGACUCUGCAUAUCCUUCCCUCAAAACGUUGAACAUAAAUAAUUGCUCAAGGUUGGAAACCUUUUCAGUGAUGGGGUUGCCACCUUCUUUAAGAAGUCUAUACAUCACAUCAUGUGAUAUGCUCGUGGAUAAUCGCAUGAAAUGGAAUUUACAAAGUCUCCCAUCAUUGAAUGAUUUAGAUCUCUGCCGAUGUGGAGUUGUGGUGGAUUCAUUUCUAGAGGAAUGGCUGCUCCCACCAUCUUUAAAAGCUCUUAAGGUUUUCAACUGCAAUAACCUCAGAGCUCUAAACGUCAAAGGCUUCCAACACCUCACCUCCCUUCGUCGAUUAGAACUUCGAUUUUUGGAAAAGCUAGAGUGCUUACCACCAACAGAACUGCCUCAGAGUGUUAAUUAUUUGUCAAUAGGAGGAUGUAGUCUGUUAAUUCCGAGGUGCAAGGAAGGAACUGGGGAAGAUUGGCCCAAAAUUCAACACAUACCAAACAUACUAACCGAAGAAACAAAACAUAAUAAGACAUAUUUUGAAGACAGGGGAGGAAACAGUACUUAUGGGUGA